AGGAUUCGAACCUGCGCAGGCAAUGCCCAACAGAUUUCGAGUCUGUCUCCUUAACCACUCGGACAUAUCGACUCCCAUGUAGUUGCCGAAUUCAUUAACUUAAUUUAUCCUAAAUUUAUUGUUCCGAAUUUAAUUCAAAUUUUACUUCUCAACACCCUCUCAAUCUCUCCUCCUUCCGCUGCUGGCUAGCAACAGCAAAUGUUUUGUUGCCCCUCAUUUGAUCCGAAGGCCUUCCUUUUGCUUUUGAAAACGCUUUCAAAACUCUGUUUUACCUACUCUUUGUCAUUAAUUCGUCUUUCUUUUAGGAGCUCAAAUUUGAAGAAAAAACCCUAGAAAAAUGGGGGAAUCCUCGAGAAUGAUCGAUGUGGAGAAGCUGAUAUCUUAUAGCGACGAUCUGGUGGGGGUUUUAAAGGACCAAAGGGACAUUAUCAACUUAACGCAGUGUUUUCAGCACCUGAACGAUCUCCACUCGCAUUGCGACUCUGAUUCCAAAGAGGUUUAUCGGUUGCUUCAAGAAUAUGAAGAAAAGAUCGAAGCUUGCAAAAAGAAAACAGAGCAGGCAAAGUCUGAAGUUGCCGAUGGAGCUGAAAUGGAGUAUCUGCAGAAGGAAUUGCAAGAGGAACUUGAAAAAGAACGUGGGCUUAAGGAGGAGCUUAGAGCUACUAGUAAUGAGAUAACUGAGCUGGAGCGCCAGAGGGCUUCUAUUGAAGAGCGGAAGAAAAUGCUGAGGAAAUUUGAGCAAGAUAAGCUCAAAGAACAGAGGAAGCUUUCCAUGUAUGCUUCUAUAACUAAUAUUAUUCCAGUCUUGGAAGACCAAUCCAGAAUCUCAGGCCAUAUAGUGGAUAGAGAUAAAAAGGUGGUAGAGAAGUUUGAAUGUGACCCAUCAAAGGUGACUGCUUUUGAUGCUUGUGAUAGCCUAUGGAAGAUGAUAAAUUCCUAGUAGCCAUUUCACAUACUUUCUCUUGAUUGAGAUAUGUAACCAAAUAUGUAAUAUUAUGUCUUUCUAAUGCUUCUAUCCAAGCAUUUUUCGUUCCUAAAUGUUUGAUCUUUUUAUG